AUGCGCUCCACCCGCACCUCCAUCAUCGCCGCCGUGCUGGCAUCGGCCGCCACAGCCCACGUCGUCCUCGAGAACCCCAAACCCUUCAAAUCUGUCGCCGACGGCCCCACCAACCCCGUCUCCUCCACCGGCGCCGACUUCCCCUGCAAGAUCCCCGCCGGUGCCGCCUACGCCGUCGACGGCGAGCGCACCGUCUACGCCCUCGGCGAGCCCCAGGUCGCCACCUUCAAGGGCCAGGCCGUCCACGGCGGCGGCAGCUGCCAGUUCGCCCUCAGCGCCGACACCGAGCCGACCAAGGAGUCGUCGUGGAUGGUCAUCCACUCCGUCGAGGGCGGGUGUCCCGCGCGGAACCAGAGGGGAAACCUCGAGGGGCCGAAUUCGGAUGAGUAUUCCUUCACCAUCCCCGAGGGCAUCGCGCCGGGGGAGUAUACUUUUGCGUGGAUCUGGUUGGCGAGGGUCGGUGGACAGCCCGAGUAUUACAUGAACUGCGCGCCGAUCACGGUCGUCCCGGCGAAGAAGAGGAAGCGCGUGGCGUGGGGCGAGCGGAGGAUGGCGUCGGCGCUGGCGAGGCGCGCGCGGUUUCCCGAGUUGUUCAUGGCGAAUAUGGGUGAGGUGUCGGGCGGGUGUACCACGGGCGAGGCGCUGAACGCGCAGGUCCCUAUUAGGUUCCCGAAUCACGGGGAUGAUGUUAUUGAUUAUGCCGAGGGCGAGGCUAACUUGUUCGAGCAGCCGUGCGACGGGAAUCCCCGGGCCGGAGGCGCCGGUGGUGGUGGGGCCGAGAAGCCGGGUAGUAGCUCCGUCGCCGUCCCGAGUUCCGCGGUUGGGAGUCCUAGCUCAUCUGUUGCUGGUCCUUCCGAGGGCGGUGCGGACUCGGGCUCUGCGCCGGCGACUACUUCGACCGCCCCAGCUACUACUCCUUCUUCGGUUGUUACUACAUCGCCCGUCGCUACUCCGCCCGCUCAACCACCAGCUAGCACCGUCUCUCCUGCCCCAGCGCCUUCUCCCGCUCCGUCCUGCGCUGUUCCUGUCAUCUCGACAGUCGAGGUUACCGUCACCGUCACGGCAACGAUCACGGCGGAAGUCCCCGCUGCUUCCGGCGUUCCUGCUGCGCCUUCGUCUCCUGCGGCGCCGCCGCCGGCUGGCUGCACCGAGGGCUAUCUUACGUGCCUGGCUGACGAGACUCACUUUGCGACUUGUACCGGGGGUCAGUUGACUGGACCGCAGCCGAUCGCGCCUGGGUUCAAGUGUCGUGCUGGAGAGGGGGAGGGGUUAGAUAUUUCGCCGCUUUAG